AUGCAAGAAGCAGCACAUAUAUCGAUGAAACUACUGAAUUUCAUCGACAACAUACUUGUAACUCUUGGAUCAGACGGCCUUCUAAUAGCGCGAAGGGGUUCAGCAACGGAUAAUUUCCAAGAAAACUUACAAUUGAGUUCAGAACAUGUUAGACAUUAUCCUAUAGAAGAAAUUCAUGAUCUAGUGAACGUCAGUGGAGCUGGAGAUUGUUUUUCAAGUGGUUUCAUAGCAGCUGCAAUUUCAGGGAUGCCCGAAGAAGUGUGUGUGUCGGUUGGUUUUGCUGCUGCUAAACUAGCUUUACAGUGUCAAGCUGCGGUUCCAAUAGAAAUGUUCGAUAAAGGUCACGAAUGUUGGAAGACUCCAGCCAAAUACCAAACUAUAUUAUAA